UUGAAUUUUGAAUUAUUUUGUUUCUCGCGAUAUUGCCGAGAGGGCAUUGGUGCACUAGCGAGGUUUUUCCCGCCUAUCUCCGAUAAAUAUCUCGUCGAUGACCAACUUCCUGAAAAGUAUCGGAACAUGGUGGAGUUCCCGCUGGGGUAUCGCGAGGUCGUGCCGGACCAAACUCUGCCAGAGAAAUGGAAAGAGAUCACUCUGAACACAGGUGGAAGCCAAAGCACGUUGCAAGACAUAAAAGUACCGGAGAGAGCAGGCGGCUACUCGUACAAAGAUUCUUCCACGUAUUUCACUCGUAACCGCUUUAUUUACUGGCGCAUUUGCCACGACGUACUCGAAUUGGUCGAGCACAGUUUGGAUAUUAAUCUUGCCAACUGUCGAGUGAGAUACAAAUUUACGGACACUCCGAUUCUAGAUGGGAUUUCCAUUCACGAGACAGUCAACUCCGUCAUUAUCUUGAUCGUCACUGUUUCCAGCGUUCACAAGCUUUCCUUUUCUCAUCCAGAUAAGAUCCACAAUCAAGAAAAUCUAUUGGGCACGUAUACAGAUCUCAGUGUGCAAUCUAUAUUCAGCGAAGCCACCGUACAACAUGCCAGAGAUCCUCACACAUUUCACAUUAUUUCCAAUGCUGGAGCUACAAAUUCUCCAGUGCCUCAUGCAGCAGCGUCGUGGCUUACCUUGCCGCAAGAAGAGGCGCUGUUUGCCCUUGCCUAUAGUUCGGCCACUAUAUUACUCUUGAGGCUCGACACUCUCACAGGUCUCGUGCACACCAGCGAACUGAAACAGGACUCGAUAAUGCCCAAAUUUUUAAGCGGCAUAGCCACUGCAUUUAGAGGUCGUAAUACCGAAGCUCAUGUGGCUAUGUCUCUCGUUAUACACAGUUACGGUAGCGAUACGUACCUGUUUGCGUUAUGUCGAGAGGGCAAUGUACGUAUAUGGUCCUGUAACAAGACGCAGUGUGUGGCUGUGACGGACGCAGCCACUGAGAAUCGUGUUGUAUCUCAAGGUGCGCAAGCCCACGUCUUGAGGAAAGCGCUGGGCAACGAUAACGAAUUGUAUCUUGGAAUUUUCUUAAAAUUCGGCACGAAAUGCGAAUUCAGCAUUCUGAAGCCUGUACAGGACAAUGGCAUAUUCAAGUUUGUUAGAUUAUGUGCGUUAUACGCGCCAGAUCAACAUCUGGUGGAUUUUGCAUUUACGCCAACUAGAUUGUGGGCAGUGUGGAGGACCGCGGACAUGGAUACGGUGGCAGUGACGCACGCACAGUUACCACUAACGGCACUAACGCAUCGCAUUAAUCCCGCAUGGGAAACCACGAUCUUGGAACAAGCGCGCGACAGAGAUUAUAUUGUAACCGAACCUGGAACGGAUCCGAGAGAAGCGUACAUCAAUUACAUAUUUCAUCCUGGACAAUUCUCAUUAGCGGACAUCACGAAAGCUCUGAGCAUCUACAGAAGAUCCAAUAUAGUUGCAGACAUGACCUUUUCACCGGCCGUUUUAAAGGAGAGAGUGUGUAUGGCCGUAGAGGCUGAGAUGCAAGCGGAAGUGAUGGAUUACGUGAUUAUGGAUGAAGAUUAUCUCGAAAUUGCUAAUCGAUGUUGGUCGAAAUUCUAUUCGUGCGUCGUUCAAUAUCACGCCAACGGUACUCGUCCAGUAGGCCUGCUGUUACUGCCGAGCGUUUACGGCGCAGUAUUAUUGAAGAAGUCCUCGUUCUCGCUUCUGAGACCUAUGGAAGCCUUAGAACAUCUUGUGCUUUGCAACGAUAAGUCUUAUAUUUCUCGGUUCAAGACAACGCCCGUUUUGUCGCAAGAUGAGGACACAUGCCAAGAUCUAAUCGUGUUAAUGUCCGCGUUGGUCAUGUUGGGAGAACAAUUAUCUGAAGAGACUAAAACGGAAAUCGAGAGAGAAUUGUAUCAUCUGAGAAGUCCAGAUAUCAUAAUCAACGAUUUGCUGUCGAAACUGAUGUUGGAACCCGACGAUUCUCUGUCGGAUUUUGACUUCCAAUCGGAACUCUGUCACAAACUGAGUAAAGUCAAAGACAUAUCGAGUGCCAUGGCCAUGUUGUUGGAAACUUUAACGUAUGAUCUUGGGCAGCCAAAUAAGCUGCAAUUUGACGAUGAUCACGAUACUUCGAAGAUCUUGUUGAACGUCAGUCAUCUAUUUGGCAGUCAACUAGGAAUUUCCGCGGUGGCGGAAACCAUAACGCAAAUAGCGCUCUUGAGAUUCUCCAUCUGCAGGGAUUUAUUGAUGCUGCAGCAACUCAUACUGAGGCGUCCUGAGAUGUGUAAUUUGAGAUCUUUACACACUAUAAGAUCAUCGUUGGCGCCGAGAACCGUUGUACUUACUCAAGCUUACUAUGUCGUCACAUGGAUAUGCGAAUCGACAGCAACGUAUACGCCUUCGCAAUCAUUACUCGAAUCCAGCUCCCAGCGUCUUUCAACUCUUAAGCUCGCUGAUUCGCGUAUUAAUGUUGGACAAAGGCAGCACCGAUCUCUCUCGCUGUUAGAACUGUUUAUUCACAGUAGCGGUGCGAAACACGCUCAUAUUCUGAUGGCCCAAGCGAAUAUGGACUCAACCGCUCUGAUACCGUGGCAUUACAGUAUGCUAACGCAUGUGACGCUUCUCGCGCAACUUGUAUGGCCGAUAUCCGGAAAUUUUAUCUUCCCCGAAUGGUUACUCUCCAGUUGCCAAUUCCUGCUUGUUCAAGAAUACGUGAGACUUCUGAAUAUGUGGUGCGAAUGGAACAGCGCCUCGAGGAAAUUUAUAUUAGCCGUUGCCUUAUUAGAAAUGGGAGAGAUGCAAAAGGCGUGCGAUCAUUUUCUUCGUGCUUCCAACGGAAUAUUGACCGACGUGUUUUUAGUGGAUGCCUUACUCAAUUCUAACAUGACAUCGAAAAAUAAGGAUCUAGUUCAUUAUUACCUGAAAGUUAUCAAAUUGUUCGAAGAACAUAAUGCGUCCGACUGUAUCAUAGAGAUCGCCGAAACAGCCAUAACAACUGCCGACGCGGAUGAUCCGAAUUUACCGACGCUUCACUCCAUAAUAUUCGCACAACAUUUGAGUCUGGGUCAUCACACGGAAGCUUACCAUUGCCUGAAUGCGAAUCCAGACCCCGUGCGCAGAGUGGACUGUUUACGGCAAUUGGUUGUUACGUUAUUCGAAAAGAAAUUGUUAAUAGAUUUGAUUUCUUUUCCCUACGUCGAUAUGUACGAGGAUCUCGAAAGAAUAGUAGAAGGUAGAGCCAGAAGCGUCGAUCUUAUGGAAAACAAUUAUUAUAAUUUUCUAUACAGUUUCCAUAUCAAUAAGCAAAAUAUGCGAAAAGCCGCGUCCAUAAUGUACGAACAAGCUAUGCGUUUAAGUCAAGAACCUCACUCCACGCCGAUUAUAGCGAAGCAAGCACAAUGUUUACUGGCGUGUAUCAAUGCUUUGCAUCAUGUAAGGGAGAAGUACAGAUGGAUCGUAAGGCCGGUAAUUGAUCAGAGCAUCCCCAGCGAGAUGAACUCGUCGAAUCCACAAAAGAAGAGAAGCAUUGACGGAAAAGAAGUAUCGCAUUACAAGAUAAAGAAACAAAUUGAAGUGCUCGAAUUAGAUGACAUCAAAAAAGAAUAUUACAUAGUAGACGCAAGAUUAAAAAUAUCGAAAGUGAAUUCGGAAAUGCAUAUAGUCACCCAUACCGAACUAUCCGAGCUUAUCGUCACCUUGUGUAGCAUUGGUUUGUACGCAACAGCGUUACAUUUAUGUGAUGUAUUUAAAAUUAGUAAAGCCUCUGUACUCAAAAGCUUGACCUCUCAAUGCAUCAAACUAAGUCAACGCGAAGAUCCAAAUGCCUGGGAUUGGCUAAUACAAAAUGAUAUAUUUGAUAUUGGAAUAUCUAAUACAACUAUUACGAACACCGCUUGGAGACUAUUGGAGUACUUCACAUUGAAGCACGAAGAGAGUGAUAACUGCGAAUUACAUAAGGCCGUUGCGCAAAAAUUAUUGCAGGAAGGAGCUUUUCUACCACAAUGGUUAUUAAUAUCGUAUAAGAAGCGAAACGCCUCAGAACUUCUACGUCUCAUGCUAAAUACGGGUCGUCUAGUGGAAGCCACCGACUUAGCGGUAGAUUAUAUUAACGCGGUAUUAGGUAGCGGUAAAGAAUAUUUUGGUCUUGAAACACCAUUGGUAGCUACCGCGCCGUCUGUUUGGUUACCGCAUAAUACCAUAGAAGUAUUGUUAAGUGAAUUAAAGCACUUGAGUAAAGACUCUGCUCAUAAAGAGAGCUACGAGAGAUUAAACGCAACGUUGGAGAGCUAUCUGAAAACUGUAAAACGCGUUUCGGAAGACAUGAUUAAAAUGAAAAUGAUGAAUGAACAAUCUUAGUGAAUCAAGCUCACUUGUAUCUACGGUUCGCGUAUCAUCUCUCAACUGGUCUUCUGCGAUGUACAUACUUGUGUCAAUUUAUAUUAUUA